GGAUCACGUGGUUUGGGGGAUAUUUCCGGGGUGCGAGGUAAGUUUGUACCCUCCGCGAGGACUGACAGGAAACUCCCGAUGGCUCCUACAGCCUCGAUUCAAGUUGUUUGAGUCUGGCGUGACCCUGAGGAUUACCAGCCGCCCAUAUGGAAGUCCUACCUGUACCAGCUCCAGCAGGAAGCGCCGAGACCAAAGAGGAUCACGUGUCCUCAGGAGAUGGAGACCCGACCCAAAUACUAUGGCAGAGAAUUUCAUGGCAUAAUCUCUCGGGAGUAUGCAGAUGAGCUGCUGGUGGGAGUCGAGGGGGCUUACCUCAUCAGGGAGAGCCAGAGACAGCCGGGGACACACACCUUGGCCUUGAGGUUCGGGCACCAGACCCUCAACUACCGCCUGUUCUACGACGGGAAGCACUUUGUCGGGGAGAAGAGGUUCGAGUCGGUCCACGACCUGGUGACCGACGCCCUCAUCACCCUCUACAUCGAGACCAAGGCGGCGGAGUACAUCGCCAAAAUGACCACCAACCCCAUCUACGAGCACCUCGGCUACACCUCGCUGCUCAAGGACAAGACGGUGCACAGGCUGAGCCGCGGGCGCACGGAGCCACGCAGGGUCACCUUCCAGAAAGACGAGAGGAUCUCCUCACCUCUGGUGCGACGGAGCGCCUUGAAAGACACACCGGAGAAGCAGUGCUUCUACGAGAAGCUCCACAACUUCAAGGUACACACCUUUCGGGGGCCGCACUGGUGCGAGUACUGUGCCAACUUCAUGUGGGGCCUCAUCGCCCAGGGUGUCCGCUGCUCAGACUGUGGCCUGAACGUACACAAACAAUGCUCCAAACUGGUUCCCAGCGACUGCCAGCCGGACCUGCGCAGGAUAAAGAAGGUGUUCAGCUGUGACCUGACCACGCUCGUCAAAGCUCACAACACGACGCGGCCCAUGGUGGUGGACAUGUGUAUUCAGGAGAUAGAGCUGAGAGGUAUGACCUCUGAAGGUCUGUACCGAGUGUCUGGCUUCUCUGAGCACGUCGAGGACGUGAGACUCUCCUUCGACCGAGACGGGGACAAGGCGGACAUCAGCGCCGAUGCCUACGCAGACAUCAACAUCAUUGCUGGUGCUUUGAAGCUCUACUUGAGAGACCUCCCCAUUCCAGUCAUUACAUUUGACUUGUACUCCAAAUUUAUUCAGGCUGCAAAAAUUCCAAACGCUGACUCCAGACUGGAGGCCGUUCACGAGGGUCUGCUGCAGCUCCCACCUGCUCACUACGAGACCCUGCGAUACCUGAUGGCUCAUCUCAAGAGGGUGACAAUGUUCGAAAAGGACAACUUAAUGAAUUCUGAGAACCUGGGCAUCGUCUUCGGUCCGACGCUCAUGCAGCCACCGGAGCAGAACGCCUUGACGACCCUGAAUCACAUGAGGCAGCAGAAACUGGUGGUGCAGCUCAUGAUAGAGCAUGAAGACGUCUUAUUCUGACGAGCGAGGCAUGUGGCGCUCGCAGGAACAGAAACGAAGGACAAUCAUUUAUUCUGUCAUAGAGGGAAUUCAAGCCACCUUGAUACUAAUGAAGUUUCAGAAUAGUUUGUAAUCAGAUUGGACUCGAGACGCUUCCUUUACGCAUGACUGUUUUUAGUUGAAGUGGGUUUAGUGUCGACAUCGUCUUGUUCCUGUCUGUCUCCAUGCGCAGCCAGGACCAUCACUUUUUAUACUGGGGAAUGAUCCAGUGUUUUGAACUGUCUCCGGUGCUGUUCCCUGUCCCUACCUGGUGUAGACUCAGUCGAGCUGACAGCGCUGUGUGAAGUCCCCCCC